AUGGCGAACGACAAUGCAGUCAAAAUCGGGGUCUUCAUCCCGUCCGAGUGCCAGCUCCUCGACAUGGCGUGCAUCGACGUCUUCGCGAUGAUGUCCAAGGAGUACCUCAGUGGACUGCCCAUGCUGCCAAAGCAUAUCUCCGCGCUGGCACCCAGCGUGAAUUUCUUUUACAUUACCGCAGCCCCUGCCGUCGGCGUCGAGACCACGGAGCCACCCUUUCAGAACCUCCUACAGCUCACGGCGGGUGUCAAGAUGCAAGCCACACAUGACAUUUUGCAUCCGGACGUGCAGCCGGGCAAGCUAGACAUCGUGCUCGUCCCUGGCCCGGACCCGAACGCGAGCUGGGACGAUGGUGUCCUCGGGUUUCUAAGGGGCCACGCCGAGCAGAAGGAAGUAACAGAUGUGUUGAGCGUGUGUACGGGCGUGUUCCUGUGCGGCGCCGCCGGUCUGCUGAAGGAGAAAACGGUCUGCGGGCCGAGGGGCAUACAGGAUUUGUUGAGGAAGCGGUUUCCCGAGACCGAGUUUGUCGGGGAGAAGUACCGGUGGUAUCGGGAUGGGAACUUUUGGAGUUGUGGCGGCAUCACGAACGGAAACGACCUCGUCGCGGCGUACGCGCGAAGCAGCGAGAAGCACUUCCCCGCGCCCAUUGCCGAGAUUGCAUGUCAGAUGGCCGAGGUUGGGGAGAGAACGCAGUUGUACGAGAAAAGGCAGGCGCGGUUUCUUCUGGGGUUUGUAUGGCAGAUCGUCAAGGCCUGGUUCGUGAAGCCGAGCGAGCAAGUGCAAAAGAAGGAUAUUUGA